AUGGCGAGAGUCUCUGAGAUGUACGACGUGACUUGGGAAGAGAUGCGAGACAAAAUGAGAAAAUGGAGAGAGGAAAACAAUCGGAACAGUGAGCAAAUUGUUGAAGUUGGAGAAGAGUUAAUUAAUGAAUAUGGAGCUAAGCUUGGUGAUGACAUUUGGAUAAUAUAUGAGCAAGUGAUGAUCGCCGCGUUGGAUUGCAGCCGAGAUGACUUGGCAUCGUAUUGUCUGCAAGAACUAAGACGGCAAUUCCCUGGGAGCCACAGAGUUAAACGGUUAACUGGUAUGAAAUUUGAAGCCAUGGAGAGCUAUGAUGAUGCAAUACAGUUAUAUGACAGAAUUUUACAAGAGGACUCAACAAACACUGCAGCCCGAAAACGUAAGAUUGCCAUUCGGAAAGCCCAGGGGAAAAACACUGAAGCCAUCCGAGAGUUGAAUGAGUAUUUGGAACAAUUUGUUGGGGACCAGGAAGCCUGGCAUGAGCUCGCUGAGCUCUACAUCAAUGAACAUGAUUAUGCAAAGGCUGCCUUUUGCCUGGAGGAACUCAUGAUGACUAAUCCUCACAACCACUUGUAUUGCCAACAGUUUGCAGAGGUUAAAUAUACUCAAGGAGGGCUUGAGAACCUUGAGCUCUCACGAAAAUACUUUGCUCAGGCAUUAAAACUGAACAACAGAAACAUGAGAGCAUUGUUUGGUCUUUACAUGUCUGCCAGCCAUAUUGUCUCUAAUUCCAAGGCCAGUGCAAAAGUUAAAAAGGAUAAUAUGAAGUAUGCAAGUUGGGCUGCAAACCAAAUCAAUAGAGCUUACCAGAAAUCCAGGCUGGUGGCUAAGCACUGGGAUCAUGAUGGGACCACGGAGACACGGCAAUAGUUUAUGCUGGCCGUAGUAAGAAAGAGACCAAGUAUUCACUGAAAGCUGUAGAAGACAUGUUGGAGGCCCUACAGAUCACUCAAUCAUAAACCAUAAGAAGGAUCACCGGUGAUAGAUAUUUUCCUCCAGCUCCAUUGCUAAAAUUCUGUCCUCACUGACUUAAAAGUUAAUUUUAAAUGCCUCGUUAUGUUAACAGUGGUUUCAUGUCAGUAAAAGUUGCUACCGUGAAUGAUGUGUUUUAUAAAAAUAUAAGAUUUCUAUUUAUUGCUUCUAUGAUGAAAAAUCACUGCAGUUAAUGAAAAGAGUAAAUUCUAUUGAACAUAAGUCUCUUCAGACCUGGUAGAGUAAAUUUUUAAGUGAUAACUUGAUGUAGAAAUGAUAAAGCAACAUUACUUCUUGACUUAUGGAAGUGUAAGGGGCAAAAUAGGAGUCGCAUAUGGUACAUAAACUGUUUUAUAGAUCAGACUUAAAAGUUCACCAUAAUGAUCAAAUAAUAUUCCCCUGGGUAUUUUGUAUUGCACAAUAUUAUUAGUAUGACUGCAGCACUGAUUUGUAAAAUAGUAGUGGCAAGUGCUAGAGUUUGAGCUUUAUGGGUUGAGUAUCACUUGUAAGGGAAACCUUAUUGUUGAAGUUACUUGCUGCUGAUUCUAACCUGUACCUGAAAUGGCUCCUCUAUUUAGAUAAAUGAAGACAUUCUUAAAUAUAAUGAUAAUUAAUUAAGCUUGUAUGCCACCCAACUCGUAACAGUCAAAAGAAAUUACACUAAAACUAAUAAAUGAUAAAAGAUGGCAAGAACAAAAUGGAAUUAAGUCAUGCUGAACCGACUUUAGUAGCAGCUGUAGAAAAGGAAUAUAUCGUUUGCCGAUUUGGAUUCUCUUCAAAAGUGCCGAGUUAUAAAGAUUUUAUUAUGCCCCUAUCUGAAAAUAUAUAGAAAAAUAUACUCAAGGGGAUGGUCAGACAUUGAAUUUCUACCAUGGCCUUACUAAUGGAUUCCCACUUUACAACAAAUUGUGUUUAUUAUUGAUUGUGUUGCUGGCUUUUCAGUGUAAAAGGGCUUUAGGGAGAAUAAGUAAUGGUUUCUUUUCAUUUGGAACAUUUUAAAAUAUUUUGAAAAAGCAUUUGCUUCCUUUCAGAUUUUCUGAAUUUGUUCAUAUCUUUAAAUAUCUAUGCUUUCUAGGGAGAGAGAAAAAGAAGUUAUAUGCAGCAUUCCGGUGUGGAAAAGUAAUCACUGCCUUAAAUUCAUAACUAUUUAGCUGCAGUAACUACAACAUCCUUUUCUUAUAACUGCUUGUUGCAUAGGAAUUUUUGCUCAUUCCUCCACAGCAAACAGCUUUACUUCAUUUUUAAAAAUGCCUUUGUGCUUUCUCCACAUUCUUUGUACAAAUGCCAAUUUCCAUGCAAUAGGAACUUAGUUCAAAAGAACGAACAUCUGAGAAUGUGAAAUCUUGUCUCAAAAUUGAGUUAUCUCAAAAUUCAAUUAAUACACAUAAUAAAUUUCAGAAUGACAUCUGUUGUAGGACAUUACAAACAGCUGUUUUAAUGGAAUAAUCUCAUUGCCUAUCUAAGUUGAUGAUUCACUCAAGUCUUUUCUGUAUAAAUGCAAUGGAAUCCAGUAAAUCUGAAGUGCUAUUUUUGACUGAAUAAAUCAAAGAUGUAUUAAAGUUCUUAAUACUGAUAAUUUGAUACUGAAUACUGUUAGGUGAAAUGGGAAUCUAGGCAAAGUAGGAAUUUCUAAUAAAUUUAUUCCAUUCAGUCAA